AUGGCUAGCGAUCGGUGGUUGGGUUCCCUUUCUUCGCUGCACCCCUUCGACACACAUCCCAAGCCUGAUCCAGGUGGCUUCAAUAUCCCCACCAAGCCGAGCUGCGUCCGUCGGGGGCUCGCCGGCUUGCUUUAAUGCAGGCGUGUAUUUGACGCGCGACAGAGGAGACCUGGCUUAAACUCAUCCCCUCUCUCCCAACGAAGACAAUCUGUAGACUCCCUAUUUUAUGUCAGGCACCAUGCUAGUCGUUAGGUCUACAGCCCUGAUGUAGACAUCUCUCCCUGCGUUUUUGGAGCUUCCAUUUCACUUGGAAUGAGACGAAAAUCAAGUGGUUUAAUAAAAUGAUUUAAGGAUGUGAUAAUUCUCGUGAAGGAAUGUGAUGGAGGACGGCUGUGAGGGGCCUAACCUUAGAAAAGGUGAUCAGCUUGGGGUGGAAGGGAGGAAUCAGGACUAAUCUGGCAGAAGUAAUGUUUCAUGAAAUGAGGCCUGGCCUGAAAGGGAUAGGGCAGGGGAGGCUGGUGAGUGAUGUAAAUCAAGAGUUCAGUCAAUAAAUUUUAGAUUUUUUUGCUUUUUAAGCCCCAGGUAUUGUUCUAAACCUUGGAAUCCAAUACAGUCCAUGACCACAUGGAGAUUUUGUUCUAAUUGGGAAGAUAGGUCUAAAAAUAAAACGUCAGAUAAUAAUUUCUAUAUAAGAAAUUAAAAUCGGGCCAUCCGAUAGUGACUACUCAGAGUGGUUGGUCAAGGAAAUCCUGUCCAAGGAAAAUUUCUCCUGAAAACUAAUAACAAGAAAGAACUAGCCAUGCAAAUAUCAGGGUGAUAAAAAUGCCUAUGGGAAGGGAAUUUGGCAAGUUAGAGGACUAGAAAAGAAGGCAGUGUGGUGAUGUAUUCUGGGUGAGAAGGAGAGUGGCCUGAGAUAAUGUUGGAGAGGUAGCCAGUGGCCAGACCAGGUAAGUCAAUGUACUGACUUGGAAUGUUUUACCAUGUGUACUGAGAAGCCAUAAUCUCAUUUAUGCUGACACAUGGCAAGUGGAUUGUGGUUGGGGCAGGAAUGGAAUCAGGGGUACUGGUCAGGAGACGAGUGCAUUAGUCUGAGUGGUGGUGGUGACUUGCUCUAGAGUGAUGGUAACAAAGAUGAAAGGAUGUGUACAGACUUGGGAUAUGUUUGGAAAUAAAUCUGCUAAUGGAUUGGGUAUAGAGGGCUCAGAGAAAGGAAUUAAGGUUGACUUUUGUGCUUUGGCUUGAGCAACUGAAUAGGUGAUGGUGAUGGAGAAGACUGGGAGAAGAUAAAUCAAAAUUUCUGUUUUAGCCCAAACGGGCUAUCAUCUAUGUUUAUGAGACGUUUAUGUGGAGAUAUUAUGUAAACAUUUGAAUAUCCUAGUGUAGAGUUUCAGGGAGAGUCAGGGUUGAAUAAAGUUAUGGAAUCUGUUGGCAGAUAUUAACUCGAAUCAUGUGAAAUUGCCAUUUUUGGUCAAAAAUGGUUGAUUGCUGACAAUUUCACUGGUUCAGUUUAUUAGAUGGUAUUUAAAACCACAGGUCUGGAUGAGGUCACUUAGGAAGAGCAUGUAGAAGGAAGAGAACAAAGGACAGAGCCCUGGGCACCCAACAUUUAGAGGUAGAGCAGAAGCGUAUGAGUCAGCACAGGUUACUGAGCAGUAGCAACCAAAAGAUAGAGGAAUAUCAGGAGAGUGAUGUCGUUGAAGCCAGCAGAGGCUGAUGUUUCAAGAGGUAGGGAAUGAAUAAGUCAAAUACUUCUGAGAGGUUGAGUAAGAUAAGUGACCUCUGGAUUAGCAACAUUACAAUCCUUGGUGACCUUGACAGAAUAGUCAGAUUCGGUUUUGAGUAAGUUAGGUUUGAGAUACAUAUUAGUUAGUUGUCCAAGUGGAGAAGUGAGGCAAUGACUUUCUCUUCCUUCUUCUUCCUUGGGAAGAGGCCAUGUAUACCUGUGAGCCCCUGUGCAUGAUCAGGUUUGAAUGAGUGGCACAGAUGUGAAGCCCUGAGCACUGGGGCAGCAAGGAAUGCUUUUUAGAGUUGGUGAGAUCUGUACGCAUCUUGAAGAAUGGGAGGCUUUGGAUAGGAUGAGAGUAGGCAUAGAAAUUCUAGGAGGGUGCAAAGGAAUGGAGAGGAGGCCAGGCAGGGUUUGUUGAGUAAUGCCAGGGUCCUGCUGAGAAGCAGUGGCAUCAGAAGUUGGAAGGGUAGUUGGGGAUAGGUAUGGAGGGCCUUUGAAUUUCAGGCUAAAGGCUUUGGAUUGACCUUGAGCAGGGACGUAACAUUUUGAAGCACUGAAAUAAAGGAACUAUCAUUUGACUUCACCAGUCCAGCUCAUCCUCCAGGUUUACAAUUAGAUGCCAUUUCUUCCAAGAGGUCAUUCCCGACUCCUAAAGUAUGAGGAACCUAACUCGUUUCCAGCAAGGGACACCUGAAGAGAUGUCCUCAGUCCUUCACUUCUAUGUUCGUCCCUCUGGCCAUGAGAGUGCAGCCUUUGGCCACACUCAAAGGAAGCUGCGAGGGAAACUGCCAGAGCUGCAGAGUCUCAAGACCGAGCUGUGCUACAAUGUGAACUGGACAGCUGAGUCCCUUCCAAGUGCUGAGGAGAUGAAGAAGCUGAUAUGGCUCUUUGGCUGCCCCUUGUUACUGGAUGAUGUCGCUCAGGAGUCCUGGCUCAUUUCUGGUUCCAGUGACCUGCUGCUAGAAGUCGGACCCAGGCUGAACUUCUCCACCCCGGCAUCUACCAACAUUGUGUCAGUGUGCCAGGCUGCUGGGCUGGCGACUGUGGACCGUGUGGAGACUACUCGUCGCUACCUGCUCUCGUUUACCCACCCACCUUCAGCUGAGAUGGAGGCUAUUGCUCUGGCUACCCUGCAUGACCGGAUGACAGAGCAGCACUUCCCCUGUCCCAUCCAGAGCUUCUCCCUUGGGAGGAUCCCAACACCCCUUGAUGGCCCAAUCGAUAUACUGGCUGAGGGCCGGCCUGCCCUAGAGAGAGCCAACCAGGAGCUAGGUCUGGCCCUAGACUCUUGGGACCUGGAUUUCUACACCAAGCGCUUCCAGGAGCUGCAGCGGAACCCUAGCAUUGUGGAGGCCUUCGACUUGGCUCAGUCCAAUAGUGAGCACAGCCGACACUGGUUCUUCAAGGGCCAACUUCACAUGAAUGGGCAAGAGCUGGCACAGUCGCUGUUUGAGUCCAUCAUGAGCACACAGGCAUCCUCGAACCCCAACAAUGUCCUCAAGUUCUGUGAUAACAGCAGUGCAAUCCAGGGGAGGGAAGUCCAAUUCCUGCGGCCUGAGGACCCCACACAGCCAAGCUGCUUCCGGCAACAGCAGGGUCUGAGACAUGUUGUCUUCACAGCAGAGACCCACAACUUCCCUACAGGAGUAGCCCCCUUCUGCGGUGCAACCACGGGCACAGGGGGCCGGAUUCGAGAUGUCCAGUGCACGGGCCGUGGGGCCCAUGUGGUGGCUGGCACUGCUGGCUAUUGCUUUGGAAACCUGCACAUCCCAGGAUACAGUCUGCCCUGGGAGGAUCCGAGCUUCCAGUAUCCUAGGAACUUUGCCCAGCCCCUGGAGAUUGCCAUUGAGGCCAGUAAUGGGGCUUCUGACUAUGGCAACAAGUUUGGGGAACCAGUGCUGGCCGGCUUUGCCCGCUCUUUGGGCCUUCAGCUCCCAGAUGGCCAGCGGCGUGAGUGGAUCAAGCCCAUCAUGUUUAGUGGGGGCAUUGGGUCCAUGGAAGCUGAGCACGUGAGCAAGGAGCCUCCAGAGCCAGGCAUGGAUGUUGUAAAGGUUGGGGGUCCUGUCUAUAGGAUCGGAGUUGGGGGUGGAGCUGCUUCAUCUGUACAGGUGCAAGGAGACAAUGCCAGCGACCUGGACUUUGGGGCUGUGCAGCGAGGAGACCCGGAGAUGGAACAGAAGAUGAACCGUGUGAUCCGGGCUUGUGUGGAGGCCCCUAGGGGAAAUCCUAUCUGCAGCCUCCAUGACCAAGGCGCUGGUGGCAAUGGCAACGUCCUGAAGGAGCUGAGUGACCCAGCUGGAGCCAUUAUUUAUACCAGCCGGUUCCAGCUCGGGGACCCGACACUAAAUGCCCUGGAAAUCUGGGGGGCUGAGUACCAAGAGUCGAAUGCACUUCUGCUGAGGGCCCCAGACCGGGACUUCCUAAGUCGCGUUAGCAUCCGGGAACGCUGCCCAGCUUGCUUUGUGGGCACCAUCACCGGAGAUAGGAGAAUAGUGCUGGUGGAUGAUCGGGAGCAUCCUGUGGGGAGAAAUGGUGAGGGAGAUGCCCCCCCAACACCUCUCCCAACCCCUGUGGACCUGGAGCUGGAUUGGGUGCUGGGCAAGAUGCCUCGUAAGGAGUACUUCCUCAAGAGGAAUGUCCCCAUGCUGAAGCCUCUGGCCUUGCCCCUGGGACUGAGCGUGGGCCAGGCCCUGGAGCGGGUUCUGAGGCUGCCUGCUGUGGCCAGCAAGCGCUACCUCACCAACAAGGUGGACCGCUCCGUGAGUGGCCUGGUGGCGCAACAGCAGUGUGUCGGGCCCCUGCAGACACCUCUAGCAGAUGUGGCAGUCGUGGCACUGAGUCACCAGGAACUCGUAGGGGCUGCCACGGCCCUGGGAGAGCAGCCAGUCAAGAGCCUGCUGGACCCCAAGAUUGCCUCGCGGCUGGCUGUGACUGAGGCCCUCACCAACCUGGUGUUUGCUCUAGUCACUGACCUGCGGGAUGUGAAGUGCAGUGGGAACUGGAUGUGGGCAGCCAAGCUCCCAGGGGAAGGUGCAGCUCUGGCUGAUGCCUGUGAGGCUAUGGUUGCACUGAUGGCGGCCCUGGGUGUGGCCGUGGACGGUGGCAAGGACUCCCUCAGCAUGGCAGCCCGGGUUGGCUCUGAGACUGUGUUGGCUCCUGGAUCACUGGUCAUCUCAGCUUAUGCUGUCUGUCCAGACAUUACAGCCACUGUGACCCCAGAUCUCAAGUGUCCUAGAGGGAGAGGCCAUCUACUCUAUGUGCCUCUGAGCCCUGGGCAGCACCGGCUAGGGGGUACAGCUCUGGCCCAAUGCUUCUCCCAGCUUGGUGAGCAGCCUCCCAACCUGGACUGUCCUGAGAACUUGGUGCGUGCCUUUAGCAUCACCCAGGGGCUACUGAAAGACCGCCUCCUCUGCUCAGGCCAUGAUGUGAGCGAUGGGGGUCUCAUCACCUGCCUGCUAGAGAUGGCCUUUGCUGGGAAUUGUGGGAUAGACGUGGAUGUGUCUGCUCCUGGGGUCGAUGUGCUGCCUGUGCUGUUUGCUGAGGAGCCAGGCCUGGUACUGGAGGUGCAGGAGCCAUACCUCGCCCAAGUGCUGAAGCGCUACCGGGAUGCUGGCCUCCACUGCCUGGAGAUGGGCUGCACAGGCCACACCGGGCCCCAUGCCAUGGUCCGGGUAUCAGUGAACGGGACUGUGGUUCUGGAGGAACCUGUUGGGCAGCUACGAGCUUUCUGGGAAGAGACAAGUUUCCAGCUGGACCGGCUGCAGGCAGAGCCAAGCUGUGUGGCAGAGGAGGAACAGGGGUUGAGGGAGCGAACAGGGCCCAGCUACUACCUGCCCCCCACCUUCCCCAAAGCUUCCCUACUCCAUGAGCCUGGUGGUUUCACCCCCCGAGUUGCCAUCUUGCGAGAAGAGGGCAGUAAUGGAGACAGGGAGAUGGCUGAUGCCUUCCACUUGGCUGGGUUUGAGGUGUGGGAUGUAACCAUGCAAGACCUCUGCUCAGGAGCAAUCAAGCUGGACAAAUUCCAUGGUGUGGCCUUUGUGGGUGGCUUCAGCUAUGCAGAUGUCCUGGGCUCUGCCAAAGGGUGGGCAGCUGCUGUGACUUUUCAUCCCCAGGCUGGGGCUGAGCUGAGGCGCUUCCGGAAGCGGCCAGACACCUUCAGCCUGGGCGUGUGUAAUGGCUGUCAACUGCUGGCUCUGCUGGGCUGGGUGGGAGGCAACCCCAAUGAGGAGGCAGGGGAGAUGGGCCAUGACUCUUGGGCAGCCCAGCCUGGCCUCCUGCUGCGCCACAACCUGUCUGGGCGUUUCGAGUCUCGCUGGGCUACUGUGCGUGUGGGGCCUGGGCCAGCCCUGAUGCUGCGAGGGAUGGAGGGUGCUGUGCUACCUGUGUGGAGCGCCCAUGGUGAAGGUUACAUGGCAUUUUCGUCUCCGGAACUCCAAGCCCAGAUUGAGGCCAGGGGUUUGGCUCCACUGCACUGGGCAGAUGAUGAUGGGAACCCCACAGAACAGUACCCUCUGAAUCCCAAUGGGUCCCCGGGGGGAGUAGCUGGUGUAUGCUCUCCUGAUGGCCGCCACCUGGCUCUCAUGCCUCACCCCGAACGGGCUGUGAGGCCUUGGCAAUGGGCAUGGCGACCCCCUCCAUUUGACACUCUGACCACCUCCCCCUGGCUCCAGCUCUUCAUCAAUGCCCGAAACUGGACCCAGGAGGGAGGCUGCUGAGCAGGUCAGGGAGGCUCAUCUGGGCCUCAUAGUUUGUUGCUGCCUUCUUCCUUAUCACCUUCAGAAGCACCCAUAUUAUUUCCAAAUGUAUCUUUUAGACAAGGACCAAAAUGCCAAAAGAAACCUCAGCUAAUGUUAUCAAUCUGUCCACUUUUGCCUUAUGCUAUUUGAUCUGUUUUUGGUUCUGCUAUAACAUAUUUUGUCCUUUAUGGGCCCAGGAAGCUACAUAUAGUGCAGAGAAAAGAACCUGCAGUGUAAAGUUAGGAUUCAUGGAAAGGGUUCCAUUGCUCCACUUCUUUCACCCACUUUGUGCCUCAUGUCACUCAUCUGGGCUCAGAGGGAUGUUUUCUGCCCUCCUUCCUCACCAUCAUUGUGGUUUAAGGGGUGGGGCUAUACAAAAGCAUGCAAGUCAGGAUGUCAGUGUUAUCUGAAAAUCAGCAGAAGCGUUUUGGAUUCCUCGUUAAAAAUGUAGCAUUGUGUUAAGUGUAAGCAGUUGUUUGCAGAAGUUUCCCUGAAGGUGUCUGGGCCUCUGAAUUCAGAUUCCUGAUUUUUGAUUCUCCUGUUUUAACAGCUCCUUUCCUGAAUGGUCAAGCAUUCUCACCUUAGAACUGAACCUUAAGCAUUCAUUCAUUCAUUCAUUCAAUGAAUGUUGGGUGAUUAGCUACAAUGUCAAGUGCUAUCACUGCCCCAGGGAAUUUAUAUCUAAUAGAAUUUAAAACAAUAACUGUAUAUGGCACCUACCAGGAGCCAAGCAUGUGCUAGGCAGCUUGUAUAUAUCUAAACUGUUUCUCACAGAAUGCAGCAAGGUAUAUGAUAGCCUUUUUUUAAAAAAAAAACAAAGGAAGAAUUGAGGUUAAAUUGCCUAGAGUUCACACAGAUUAUAAGCAGUAGAGCCAGGGGCCUAUGCUCACCCAUGCUGCUUCCCAUUGUCCUGCAGUCACAUUUCCUGGCAGCAGCAUUAUCAAGAGUUCCUGCUAACAGCUAUCUGUUGCUACCUUCACUCACAAGACUGUAUAGAAGUCACUUCCUUGUGACUGCUCUGUUAAACAAUGCAAAUCAAUUUGCCCCUAAAUAUUCUAACAUUUUGAUUAAAGUUUCUCUAAAACCAGGUGGGUACCAGACUUACCAGGGGGAUAAUGACAUAAAUUAUAUAAAUGUCUAAGCACUAUGCUGUAUACCUGAAACUGAAUGUAACAUUGAAAAAGUUUCCCCGAGAAUGGAGAUAUCUUAGAUCCUGGAGGGUACAGGGCCUAGUGGUGGGUAGGAGGCCAGAAAUGAGUCAUAGCUCUCUGAGAGAGUAGCCACCCUAAUAAGAAGCUGGUCAUAAUAAAACCUAAAAUUAUGGCCAGGUGAAAACUUUCAGAGCUUUUUGUCAUUGUUUUACAAACGGACCUAUCUUGAACAAUGGGGCUAGUAAGGAUCAUUUUUGGCAUUUGAGUGUUCCUGACAGGAAAAUUAUAUAUAAUUUAUAGACAAAUGUACAAUUUUGGGGCUGAUACCAUGGGUUAGAUGUUGUUUACCAAGCAGCUGAUACAAGAAUAAGAUUAAGUGUAUGAUAACCUGAUUGGCUGUGAUAGGUAAAUUUAUACAUUUUGGUGGUGGAGCAGGUAUCUGGUUUGGAUCACCUUGGCCAAGCAAGACCCACCCGCAAACACUGCAAGGACCAAGUCCACUAAGCUUCUCAUUUCUGUAUCCAGUGGCUCCUCAAAAUAAUGACAUCCCCCGGCUUCCCUUAUAGCUAUAACUAAAUUCUGGCCAAUGGGAAAGUGAUAUAUACAGCUUCCGAGUGUUCUUAAAGGAAGGGUGCAUGCUUCUGUGCAUUCAUUGCUUCCAGCUGUCUGGAAUGAAGAUGCGAUGGCUGGAACCUCAGCACGAUAUUACUGUGAGGUAGCUUUGGAGAUUGGUACCAUGCAGAGCAGAGUAACAAGAUAGGAGGAGCCUGGGUCUUUUGACACUGAGGAGUACACAUGAGCCCUAGAGAGGCUACCACUGGAUGUCAAGUGUAGGAAAUAAACUCUUGUUUAAGCCCUAUUAAUAUAGGUUUCCUGUCACUUGUAGCCAUAUGUUUUCCUGUUCAACCCUUAUUCAACCUUUCCUAUUCAACUUCUCCCUUAUUCUUCAAGGGCAUUGGUCUUUGGUUCUUAGUCUUGUUCUCCACCUUAAUUUCAUCCAUUAUUCUGAAUCCACGUCAUUGACCAUUUAACACUCUGAAGUUUUCUCCAGUGACUUCAUUCCACCUCAGCCAACCACUUCACCUUGGAUUUUGUCAUCAACUAGAUCUGCUCUACCUCCAAACUCACGUAUUCAAGCACCUUACUUCUGACUAUAACCUCUCUUCCUUCCAUCUUGCUGCUUUAUCUUCAGUACUCAGAUUUCAAAGUCAUCGGGACCUCCAGAUCAAUAAUUAUGUUCCCUCAAUCUCUUUCCUUCUUAUCCAACCUCCAGUAAUAGCUUUUCCAAUGCCCUUUAACUUGAGCCAAUAUCUUUUCAUCAAACCCAUUCAACAAAAUUCUGACCUAUCAGACAAAAGGCAGGUUGUCUCAUAAAUUCAUUAUUACCUACGGGGUAAACAGAAUGGGAAUGAAAAAUAGAGAUCAAAAUUAAUGAGAGAGCACUCAAGUGGAAUGAUGAUAAUGUGCCGCAAACUGAAGGUACAAUGACUUCAGCUCUAUGCCUGAGGUCUUAAAAACCAUUUACAACAACCUCCAAACCUAAUAACUAAGUCUUAUCCUUUUUUGGGGUCCUAUCAGCACUAUGCUGUAUGCCUGAUAGUCUGGUGAAAUCCUUUGUUAGACACUGGAGGCUCUUAGAGUAACACACCUCCCUUCUUAUCCUGUCACUGUUGUAAUCUUUUUUCAUCAUUGCAAUCUUACAUUGAACUAUGUGUUUCUUUGAUGAAAGAUCUGUCUCCUCAGUAGUGUCUCUUCUGUGAGAGCAGUAACUCCAUAUUUGCUCUCCACUGUAUCCUACUACCUAACGGUGCCUGGCACCUACUAGGUGCUCAACAAAUACAUGUUGAGCAAAUGAAUAAAUGUGAAUGUUAACAUUCAUAAA